AUGGUUUUUCUCUCUCGUGUCGAAAAGGGCGACGAGGUCUUCGACCUAUCUACCCACAAGAUUGGUUCCAUCGAAAGUGGGUCUGAUAAUAAUGACUAUACCAAUGUUUACGGUAGCCAUUUCGCCACCGAUCAUCUUCCCUUACAUGAGAUGCCAGAGCGUGAGAUGCCGCGUGAGAUCGCUUCUCGCAUGGUCACGGAGGAACUAAGUCUCGAUGCCAACCCCAGACUCAACCUAGCUAGUUUUGUCACGACUUACAUGGAAAAAGAGAUUGAGUCAAUUAUGACCGACUCAUUUGGGAAGAAUUUCAUUGACUACGAGGGAUAUCCCCACACCGCCGAGAUUCACAACCGUUGUGUCAACAUGAUCGGGCGCUUAUUCAAUUGCCCGACUGAUGCCAAAGGCGAGAACGCCAUGGGCACGUCGACGGUUGGAUCCUCCGAAGCCAUUAUGCUGGGUACGCUCGCCAUGAAGAAGCGCUGGCAGAACAGGCGCAAGGCUGAGAACAAGGAUUUCUCCCAUCCCAACAUCAUUAUGAACAGCGCCGUCCAGGUUUGUUGGGAGAAGGCUGCCCGGUACUUCGAUGUUGAAGAGAAAUAUGUCUACUGCUCUGAAAGUCGCUACGUGAUCGACCCUAAGCAGGCGGUCGAUCUAGUGGAUGAGAACACGAUCGGCAUCUGCGCCAUCAUCGGCACCACCUACACCGGCGAGUACGAGGACGUCAAGGCUAUUAACGACCUGCUGAUCCAAAAUGGUAUUGACUGCCCUAUCCACGUUGACGCAGCCAGUGGCGGCUUUGUCGCCCCGUUCACCUGGCCUGACCUAGAAUGGGACUUCCGCCUUGAGAAGGUAGUUUCUAUUAAUGUCUCUGGCCACAAGUAUGGCCUAGUAUACCCUGGUGUUGGUUGGGUCAUCUGGCGCUCCCCUCAGUACCUUCCCCAAGAAUUGCUAUUCAACGUCAACUACCCAGGCGCCGAUCAAGCUAGUUUCACCCUUAACUUUUCUAAAGGUGCCUCUCAGGUCAUCGGCCAGUACUAUCAGUUGAUCCGGCUAGGUAAACACGGCUACCGGUCAAUUAUGAUUAAUCUCACUCGCAUUGCCGAUUAUAUGGCGGGUGAGCUGCGGAAGAUGGGUAUGAUUCUCAUCAGCCAGACUAAGGGCCGUGGCUUACCACUGGUGGCAUUUCGUCUGCCCCCAAACCCCGACCGCUUGUACGACGAGUUCUCUCUAGCACACAAAUUGCGAGAGUACGGUUGGGUCGUUCCUGCGUACACUAUGGCACCCCACAGCAAUAAAAUGCAACUAAUGCGCGCCGUCAUCCGCGAGGACUUCAGUAUGAACCUCUGCGACAGCUUGCUGCAGGAUAUCAAACUGGCCCUACUGGUUCUGGAAGGCAUGGAUCAGGCUAUGAUAACCAAUUACAAAGCGAAUAUACGGAGCCAGCGUGCCCACGCGCAGCACCAGGAGCGAACUCUUCCUUUCUACCAAAAAGAUAGACACUCGCUGCAGGGCAAGAGCGGCAAGACAUACGGGGUGUGUUGA